AGCUAAGCAUCAAUAAAGUAAGGGUAAGAGGCAAGACUAACAUAUAUACAUCCCUUGAAUAACAGGUCAAACGAGCAGGAUGGUGGUGUUGGUUACAGCGACGAGCUGAAAUUACUUAUUUAAGAUGGCGUCAUCGGAGAAAGGUCCGCCGUCCGUGUCUGAGGAGAAAGAUUCCAACGCCUUGGUGGACGAUCAGUGUAGUCCUCAAUAUCGCCAGGCGUCACCAGCCAACAGCCCCACAGAGGAGGCCCAGAUCCCGGUCUCCGGCUCUAGGGGGUCUACUGGGGGAUCCAGCCCCAAAGAGAUGGCCCCUAUGGGGGGAUCCAGCCCCAAGGAGGGGAGGUCUACUCCGGGAUCCAGCCCCAAGAAGGGGGAGUCUACUGGUGGAUCCAGCCCCAAGAAGGGGGGGUCUACUGGUGGUUCCAGCCCCAAGGAGGGGGGACUUAUUACAGACAGCUCCUCAGACAGUAGCAGUGAUGAAGAAGAAGAACUGGGCAUCAAGAGGAAGAUUAGGAGCUGUGUUGCUCAGAUCAAGAGAGCAGAGCAUAAGACCUUCCUUCCCGGCAACCGCUCUCGGUCCCAAGAGAGAUGCCGCUCUAGGUCCCGAGAGAGAGACCAGUCUAGGUCCAGGUCCAGAGAAAGAGACCGGAGUAGAGACCGAGGACGCCACAUAAGACGUCGAUAUGAGGACCACUACAAUGAUGGCGACAGAGGUGGGCGGUCUGAUCGGUGGUCCAAUAGAAACGCAGAGACAGACCACAGGAGGAGGGGUCGAUCCUCUAGCCCAGCCAAUCAGGACCCAGCAGCGGGAGAGGAGCCUCCAGUGAAGAAGAAGAAGGAGGAGCUAGAUCCCAUCCUGAGCCGGACGGGAGGAGCUUACAUCCCACCCGCCAAGCUGCGCAUGAUGCAGGCCCAGAUCACAGACAAGACCAGCCUGGCCUAUCAGAGGAUGAGCUGGGAGGCUUUGAAGAAGUCCAUCAAUGGUCUGAUCAACAAGGUCAACGUGUCCAACAUUGCCAUGAUCAUCCAGGAGCUGCUUCAGGAGAACAUCGUCAGGGGACGGGGUCUCCUGUCCCGCUCCGUGCUCCAGGCCCAGAGCGCAUCCCCAAUCUUCACCCACGUGUACUCGGCCGUGGUCGCCAUUAUCAACUCAAAGUUCCCUCAGAUCGGAGAACUAAUGCUCAAACGCCUGGUCCUCAGCUUCAGGAAGGGCUACCGGAGAAACGACAAGCAACAGUGUCUGACCGCCUCCAAGUUUGUGGCUCACCUCAUCAACCAGAAUGUGGCUCACGAGGUCCUGAGCCUGGAGAUGUUGACUCUUCUGUUGGAGAGACCGGCAGACGACAGCGUAGAGGUGUCCAUCGCCUUCCUGAAGGAGUGCGGUCUCAAGCUCACAGAGGUGUCGCCGCGGGGGAUCAACGCCAUCUUUGAGCGUCUGCGGAACAUCCUUCACGAGUCUGCCAUCGACAAGCGUGUCCAGUACAUGAUAGAGGUGAUGUUUGCCAUCCGCAAGGACGGCUUCAAAGAUCACCCAGUGAUUCCGGACGGCCUGGACCUGGUGGACGAGGAGGACCAGUUCACCCACAUGAUGCCCCUUGAGGACGAGUACAACACCGAAGACCUCCUCAACGUCUUCAAGUUGGAUCCAGAUUUCCUGGAAAAUGAGGAAAAAUACAAAACCAUCAAGAAAGAGAUCCUGGAUGAAGGAAGCAGUGACUCCGGGGGGGAGGGAGAUGACAGCGAUGAUGAUGAUGAGGACGAGGCGGAGGUGGAAGGACAGGAGAAGAUGACCAUCUUUGACGAGACUGAGGUCAACCUGGUCAGUUUCAGAAGGACAAUCUACCUGGCCAUCCAGUCCAGUCUGGACUUUGAGGAGUGUGCUCACAAGCUGAUCAGGAUGGAGUUCCCUGACAGCCAGACGAAGGAGUUGUGUAACAUGAUCCUGGACUGCUGCGCCCAGCAGAGAACAUACGAGAAGUUUUUUGGUCUGCUGGCCGGGAGGUUCUGUGUGUUGAAGAAGGACUACAUGGAGGCAUUUGAGGGGAUCUUCAAUGAGCAGUACGAGACCAUCCACCGUCUGGAAACCAAUAAGCUACGCAACGUAGCACGGCUCUUCGCUCACCUGCUCUAUACAGACUCUGUUCCCUGGAGCGUGAUGGAGUGUAUCAAGGUGAGUGAGGACACCACCACCUCGUCCAGUCGUAUCUUCGUGAAGAUCCUCUUCCAGGAGCUGUGUGCCUACAUGGGCCUGCCCCGCCUCAACCAGCGCCUCAAAGACAUUUCUCUGCAGGUGUUCUUUGAGGGUCUGUUUCCUCGUGAUAACCCCCGCAACACACGCUUUGCCAUCAACUUCUUCACCUCCAUAGGCCUGGGAGGCCUAACGGAUGAGUUGCGGGACCAUCUGAAGAACGCUCCUAAGAUUAUCAUGACUCAGAAGCAGGAAGUAGAAUCUUCUGACUCCUCGGACGACUCGUCCAGCCAAUCGGAUUCCGACUCCAGCCAAUCAGACUCCUCCAGCGACUCAUCCAGCAGCACCAGCAGCUCUAGCUCAGACUCGGACUCCAAGAAGAAGAAGAAAGACAAGACAAGCUCCUCCCGCAAAAAAGCCUCCAAAAAAGCGUCCAAUAAGGAACCAAAACAGAAGAAAGCGGUCAAUAAGAAAGCGAGUGCCGCCAGCAGCAGUGACGAGGAGGAGGAGGAGGCAGCUUGGGGGAUGAGCCGUCGCAGGGUCUCACCACCCGCACACAUGAAGCAGCGUGCACGUGAGCUGGAGGAGCGGGAGCGUGCACGUGACAGAGGGGAGGCGAUGCCAGUGGUUGGGCGAGGCCGACAGGGACCGGGAGAGGGAGAAAGAUGGAGGCAGAGAGAGAAUGAUGGAGAGAGGGCAGCCGAGGGGAGCAAGGGGGGAGAGAGGGGUCUGGAGGGGGAGAGGAGAGGGAGGAAGGAGAGGGAGAGGAGUGUGGAGGGAGCGAGGGAGAGGAGGAAGGAGGGAGAGAGGAGUAUGGAGGGAGGCAGUGAGAGGAGGAAGGAGAGAGAGAGGAGCGUGGAGGGGGAGAGGAGAGGGAGGAAGGAGAGAGAGAGAAGUGCGGAGGGGGAGAGGAGAGGGAGAGACGAGCAGGAGAAGAAUAAAGAGAACAGAGACAGAAACCGCCACAGAGAGGACAGGAGGUAAAUACCCUAACCUUUGACCCCAGACUGCCAUCCCUUUGUAUUCGUUAUGAUCACAUGUAUUAUUAUUAAAGAUAACUCACUGUCUGUACUGCGGCCUUGUUUACACACACGCUACACAACCAGGGGUGUUUUUACUGUGCGUUGACACCAAAAGCGAAUUGAGCUAGCAAAUCACCGGAAGUCAUUCACUUUCUAUGGGCAAGAGCGACCAAAGCGACACAAGCGUCCAACGCUACCAGGGGCAAAAGGUGAGCGACCAGAGCGACCAAAAAAAGUUGACGGCUGAACUUUAUGCAAAUUACUAUGACGCGUUUCAGCGGCCACACACUGACCACCAAUCGUAAUGUAGACGCUCUUCGCUUGCGUGGAUCCCAGGGAACACCGAACACCGGCACUUUGGUUCCUACCUACUGUUUUGGUUCCUACUGACCGUACAAAAUGUCGACGGAAAAAUGAAUCGCGGCUGUAAAUGGGCACCAGGUGUUGUACGAUCCGAGCCUUUUUUAUUUCAGAGAUCGCAACAAAAAGGCUCUGGCCUGGGCGCCGCGCGUGAUUGGUUGGUCUGUAUGCGAGUUAAUGAAACUUUUGAGAUUAUUGUAAAAUAGGCGCGAUACAUACCUGCUAACCGAGAUCCUAUCAUACUAAUCUUCCUUGCUCUGAAUGGGACGAUAUCUUUUUAAAAUAUCGAAAAUAUAUACGUUGUGCAAAGGAAUAAUGCACGCAUAAUAAUGCAAAUGAAUAAUGCACGGAACAAACGUGUCACUUCAAUGCAGUUUAAGAGGAUAGACAGCUGACAAAUGACAAUUUUAUCCAAAGCGACUUGCAAUAAGUACAUUUGUCAUAAGAAGUUAAACGAUAUAUCGCUGUCAGUGACAGUGAUAAUGACAGCUGUCUUUUCUGUUUUGUGUUCAAUAGUUAGUGCAACUUCCAUUGUGAUUUUGAUAAAAAGUGAUGACAAGCGGGAGGAUUUAUAGAAAAUAUUUGCCAUCUAGAUCGUUACUAAAAGUGUACGUACGCCCAAAAGCCAAGUUUUGCGUGCGCCAAAAAAUAUUCAGACUUAUAG